UGCCCACUCACGGCUGACCCUUUUUCGCGAACUGCUCUCACUGCACACCAGCGUUCCUGCCUCCAACACCCGCGACCACUCCUUUGCUCGCCACCCACAUGCCCCUCUAACUCGCACAGCCCGCUGCCCGUCCACUCCCGAGGUGGGAAUAUGACUCUGUGCGGCAUCUUGCCUCUGUACUCGCCCAACCCGCGUGGAUUCCUACCGUCCGGCCCGGCUGUCUCCCUUGGUUCAACUCCAUCGGCACGCAUCGCGCCACCCCCUUGACGCUCUCUCGACACCAGUCGCCCACGCUUGCAACGCCGAAGCUCAUGCCUCCACCGGCUCUGAUUGUACAGGGUGCGACCUUCAACCAUGUCUGCCGACCUCUUCGCUGAGUUCGGCACUUUCAACUCGGCGGCUUCGCAGCAGCCCACCCAGAAGCCCAACCUGUCCAACCCCGACCCUUUUGCUUUCUUGUCCAGCCCUACGCCACACUCUGCUUCACCACAGUCCUUCCAGCCGCCGAAGCAGCAGUCAUGGUCGACUGCACAGAAUCAGAGCGCCAACGCCGGCUGGGCGAGCUUCGGGACGCCCAGUCCAGCUCCGGUAGUUGCCCAGCAAACGAACCCCGAACCUGCCGACGACGAUGAUGGAUGGGGAGACUUCGAGGAGGCACCUCCUUCGGCCACGGCGAUGCCUUCCGUUGCCCCAGCUUCUGCACUUGCGACCACCUCAAACUCACUGCCAAUGAGGACCCGAAUCACCCGUGUAAAUACUUUGGAUAUCAUGGCAAACAAUUGGGGUCCUCCAGGAGGUGGGAAAGAAAAUUCUGGACCCGUGUCCCUCAAGACUGGCCCCCUCUUGGGCAUGACAAAUACUAGUUCCUCCGGUUUGUGGUCGACGCCCCGAGAAACUCUCCAAGCCCCGACUCCGGCUUCCAAGCCGCAAGUGAGCAAGGCGAAGCCAAAGAACAACAAUGCCGACGUUCUCUUUGAUGCGGACGAUUUCGACGGAGAAGCCCCAGAAGACGAGGACGACGAUUUUGGGGACUUUGAGACCGGUGAGGUUGGCACAGCGUUCAAAACGUCAGCUCCUACCCAGCCUGCGAUAGCGGACCUGAUGUCCCUCGACUUUGGGCCACCUGCUACACAGCCAGCACCAGCUCUUGCGCCCAUAUCCGAGCAGAAACAGGGUCGCAAAGAGCCUCCAUCGCAACUCCUGUCCACACUGAGCAUCGGUGGUCCACCGCACUCUCCCAACUCUCUUUACCCCCAACCACCCAAGUCUCCGGCUUUCUCAGACAGGAAUCCUUUCCCAGGUCUAUCCGUGACUACACCUGUAUCUGGCUCGUUCCCGCAGGAUCUAAAGGAGGACUCCAAGGCCUCGCCGGAUCCUAUGACCGCGUGGCCAGACGGCGACUCCGCAAGAGAAAAGGAGGACUGGGAUUCAUUCGCGGACCUUCCGCUUGAUAAUUCUAGUGCCAACAAGGGAGGCGGCGGACACUCGGGUGCAUCUUCGAGCUGGGACUGGGACGCCGUCGAGCCGGCUCAGGUCAGCCGAAAGCCAUCUGCGCCAAAAGCUGCUCCGCGCAAGUCAUCGCCCGUUGAACCCCUUGGCCCACCCCCGACAAAUGUUCCCCCUCCGUCCAUACUUCUCUCCAUUUUCACCGAGCUGCUCGAAGAAGCGGAGACCAAGCUCUACAAGCCGACCGCCAACCAACCACCGGCCGUCAAGACGCGGAUUUAUGCGGAUCCAGGGACUAUAGCGUUUCUCAAGGGGUACAUGGUACUAGCCACCGUGGCAGCUCGCAUCCUCGUUGGUCGGAGGCUGCGGUGGAACCGCGACAAGUUCCUGGCCCAGGGCAUGUCCAUCUCUGCUGCAGGGUCCAAGGGCGGGAUGAAGCUGGCUGGAGUGGAUAAGGCGCAAUCCGCUAGAGAGGACCGCGAGGCCGCAGAUGUGAUCGGCCUGUGGCGCGACUAUGUGGGAAAGCUCAAGACCGCGGUGGCCCAGGCCAACAUCGGCAUGCAAAAACAACCCGUGAAGAUGGAGCCGCUCAAGAUCCCUGAAAUCAACGAUCACAUGGCCGUCAGCACCGCGAAGAUGGUACCCACGGCACCGAAGGCUUGUGUCAUAUGUGGACUCAAGCGGGAUGAGCGGGUCAAAGGCGUGGACUUUGAGGUUGAAGACAGUUUCGGGGAAUGGUGGGUUGAGCACUGGGGCCACAGGACGUGCCGGAAUUUCUGGCUUGGCAACGAGGGGAAAUUGCGUUCUCGCUGAGGUUUUGUGGUGCGGGAGACCGAUUGAGGGCGGAUCCCUCUUUGAGUAAUUAGAAUGCUUGUUCAGAACAUAGCAUGGCGUUUUAAGAGGUUGUUGAACAACCUAGCCAGCGAUCCAUUCCAGAUGUUGUAGAAUAUUUCACCUGAUCUGUACAUAUAUAUCUGGAAUUGUUCCAGGCAAUAAAUCUAUGAUCUACAAA